CACACAAGCGCAUUCCCACAGCGGCUCGACGGCAAUGAAUGGCACACCCGGAUGGCGGAAGUUGCGCUCUACGAUGAGUCUUACAUACACAUUUGUACAUGCUGUCGAAGCUUAAAGUUAUUCGCACAAUACAACAUCUUGUCCGGUUGACAGGAGUUAGAUCGUGAGGAUAAUCGGUUGAGGAGCGGAUGAAUUAGAGACUGGACAGCGGGCAGACAUCAAAGAUACAGUCAUGAGUCCAUCAGCGCGUUUGCAGGAAAUGAUUCGGGUCAUCCGCAGUGCUCGCACCCAGGGCGAGGAGCGGGGCAUCAUCCAGCGAGAGUGUGCGGACAUCCGGGCGCAGUUUCGACAGGGCGACAAUGGGGUGCGCUCGCACAGCCUGGCGAAACUGCUCUAUGUGCACAUGCUGGGCUAUCCUGCACACUUUGGCCAGAUGGAGUGCGUCCGUUUAAUUGCCAGCCCCAGAUACAACGAGAAGCGGAUUGGUUACCUGGGAGCCAUGAUGCUUCUGGAUGAGAAACAGGAUGCUAGCCUUCUUAUUACAAACUCCAUCAAAAAUGACCUGUCUCACAGCAGUCAGUAUGUUCAGUCUCUGGCUCUGUGCACUCUGGGAUGUAUGGGUUCAGCUGAGAUGUGUCGAGAUCUGGCACCGGAGAUCGAGCGGCUUCUCAGGGCCUCGAAUUCUUACAUCAAGAAAAAGGCCACCCUGUGUGCCGUUCACAUAAUAAGAAAAGUCCCUGAGCUUGGAGAGCUUUUCACACCGUCAGCGAGGUCUCUGUUAUCAGAGAAGAACCAUGGUGUUUUGCACGGUGCUGUGGUUCUAAUAACUCAACUGUGCGAGAGGAAUCCUGAUACUCUGGCGCAGUUUCGCAAGGCGGUUCCUGAGCUGGUUCAGAUUAUGAGAAGUCUUGUGACGUCCAGCUAUUCUCCAGAGCACAACAUAGCUGGUAUCAGCGACCCGUUUCUUCAGGUGCGUAUUCUUCGGUUGCUGAGGAUUCUGGGUCACAAUAAUGACUCUGCUAGUGAGGCCAUGAAUGACCUGCUGGCACAGGUGGCCACAAACACAGACAGCAGUAAGACUGCGGGCAGUGCUGUGCUGUACGAAACUGUUCUCACUAUCAUGGACAUCAACUCUGAGAGUGGCUUGAGGGUCCUAGCUGUAAACAUUCUGGGGAGGUUUCUUCUUAACAACGACAGGAAUAUUCGCUAUAUAUCAAUGACGUCGCUCCAGAAGAUAGUACAGACAGACCACAAUGCAGUGCAGCGGCACAGAGGAACCAUUGUGGACUGUCUGAAAGAUCAAGACACUUCUGUGAAACGUCGAGCUUUGGACCUGUCACUCGCUCUCGUGUCGGCUGUGAACAUUCGCUCAAUGAUGAAGGAGCUCCUCGUUUUUCUUUCAAGCUGUCCACCUGAGCUUCGAUCUCAGACUGCCUCCGGCAUCUUCAACGCUGCUGAAAGGUACGCACCUUCUAAGCGCUGGCACAUUGACACCAUCAUGCACGUGCUCACCACGGCAGGGGGCGACGUAAGAGAUGAGACCGUGCCCAACCUUAUCCAACUCAUCACAGCGACUUCAGAGCUCCACUGUUACACUGUCCACAAGCUCUACAGAGCACUAUUAAAAGAUAUUUCACAACAGUCUUUGGUCCAGGUAGCGUGUUGGUGCAUUGGAGAAUAUGGAGACCUGCUGCUCAAGGGCGAGUGUGAUGAGAUUGAACCCGUGGAGGUUACGGAGGACGACGUCUUGGAUGCCUUGGAAACGGUUCUACAGUCUCACAUGUCGUCGCCGGCAACCAGAGGCUUCGCUCUCACUGCUACAAUGAAGCUGAGCACUCGCAUCACAGACAAUGUCGAUCGAAUCAGAAGUAUCGUGAGUAUCUACGGCAGCUGUAUCGACCUUGAACUCCAACAAAGGGCGGUGGAGUACAAUGCGCUCUUUAAGAAAUAUGACCACAUGAGAGCUGCGGUGUUGGAGAGAAUGCCAGUCAUGGAUAAAAACUCACCAGGUCACACCAACGGAGACAUAGGAGAACUUAUUAAAGAGUCGGACACAUCCAAACCCAAACCAGCCGAGAUGGGAUUUCCCUCGGAAUCAGCAAGUCAGGUGUGUGAUCUGUUGGAUCUUUUGGGUGGACCUGACACGCCCGGCCCGGCCCCUGCUAGCACUGCGCCAACAACUACCUCUAGUGCCGGAGAUCUUCUGGACCUUCUGGGAGGACUGGAGCCUACGCCAGUGGUUCCCAAUUUGAUUGUGUAUGAGAAGAACGGAUUGACUCUGAAGCUACAAUGUGACAGACAGACAGAAACCGACGUCACGGUCACUCUCGUUGGCUCUAACUCCUCUCUGAAUGACAUCACCAACUUUACUCUGCAAGCUGCAGUACCUAAGAGUGUUCAGCUUCAAAUGAAAGCUCCAAGUGACAAUGUGAUUCCAGCACAAGGUCUUGGUCAAGUCACACAGACUGUUUUACUCAACAAUCCUAACAAGGUGAGCCUAAAGAUGCGAGUCCGAGUGUCUUAUUCUCAUCAGGGCACAUUGUGUCAGGACACAGUACAGAUUGACUCCUUCCCGAGCGACGUCUUGAACUGUCAGCCAUCAUUCAGCCCCUUGUGAAAAACCUGCAUAGAUCCAGCUCGAUGGACUUAUGUGUGA